UGGAUAAAACGGAGUUCUUUCGUUCUGCGGUACCUCUAUUGCCCUGCCGUAAAGUUCAGACGUCGACGCGUGAUAAAAUCUUACAGACUUUUCUAAACCACACGUUCUUAUGGCAUCCAGUAACCUCACAGUACCUACAGCGUCCACUUCUGCGGUAUACUCGCUUACUUCAAAGCUUACCUAUAUAAAACAAUAUGACAUUAAAUAUAAGUAUUAAGCCUGAAAUAUAUAUGAAUUUCGGGCCAUUAUUAUGAGAAAGAAUUGACAUUAUACCAACCAUAACGUGACUUUGAGCCGCAAGAUUAUAAAUCUCAGUUGGUUGCACGGAACUGAUUACUUUUACCAAACUACUCGAGUCGGUCAUGUCUCCAUAAUGUAAUUUCAUUUUACCCUGACGAUGACACUUAGGAUCCGCAUACAAAUGCUGAAUGCGCGAAGUGUUAAAUGAACUUGCUCUUCUAAUAAUACCAUGCACAUCGUAUCCUUUUUCUAAUAAAAAUUCUGCCAAAUAGGAACCAUCCUAUAAAAUGAGAAAAUAAUUGAUAAUGAAAUUUGUCUAUUCUCUAAUAUCUCUAAUUCUAAAGGAAAAUUUUCGAUAGAAACGAUUAAUUUUUAUCACGAUUUGCAAUUGACAUGAAAAAAUGGCCAGAUAAACAAAACUGUCAAAAGUGUUAACUUACUUGUCCAGUGAUACCCGUGAUUAAUGCCACGCGUCUGUCAUCUCCGGUUGCCAUUUUAUGAAGAAAUAUUGAUCAAUUAAAUCUUCUUUUCGCACGUUAAAAGUCCAAACUUUUUUUCUUUCUUUCCUUAUAACACCAUUAUCACCGUUUAUCAGCAUUGAUAGUGAUAAAGAUAAUUUAGCGAUUAAAGAUACGCCAUGUACAAUGAAAUUGUCGAUAGUUUAGCGACUCCAUUAUAAUCCAAAGUUAGCAAAAAUUAGCGAUCGUUCAAAUAUACGCGACGAUAGUAUUGCCAUCAAUUUGGCUAAUAUUUAUGUAACUUAGGUUCGAUAUUAUCUUAAUCCUUCCAAAUCUUAUAAACCAAAUUUUAUCAAUCUUCGAGAGAGUCGUUAACGUAUAGAAAAGUUUUUAAAACGUUUUAGUCCAUCUGCCUGUAAUCAGAUGGCGCGGCGAAAGAUCAAUGUAAAGCUGAUAAGUCAUAUCGGAACGUUUGCCUUAUGGCAAAACCAUUAUUAUAAUUUGACAUAACAAUUUCAUAAAUUUUUAUAUAGCCAUCCCAGCGCCGAUACAUUAAUAUUUUCAUUAAAAUGGCAAAUAAUAUUGAAAAAUUCAUCAAACUUAUGAACGAAAGAUUACAUAAGCAUAAAAUUUUUUUCAACUUUGCAAACAGUUUCAAAUUAAGAAAUAUACGAGACAUGUAUAAAAAAGUACCAAAUGUAAAUGCAAUAUUUGAAAAUGCGAUGAAGAAAACGCGAAAUCAUCUUACGAAUAGUAUCAAUAAUGCCACCAUUAUACAAGAUUUGAAAACCAUACCAAUGGAACCAGAAAAACCAUUGCCACGUAGACUCAUUACUUGGUGGCAAUGGUAUCAACAAUUGGUAGGUCUACAUACUGUGGAGAAAUGCAGACAGCAAGUACUUUUAAUGCAAGAUCAUUUAUGCAAAUGCCAAGAAAAGAGACGUUAUUUUCGUAGAGAAUCGUUUAUAAUAAAUAAUAAGAUGAAAGAAAUAUAUGAUGAGUUGUUAAGGAUAAAGAGAGAUGAUCCGAAAUAUGUAAGUUUAACAAUAAUGGAAAAUAAAAAUCUUCAAGAGCAAACAAUAAUUACUGAAAAACUAACCUUAUUGGAAGAGGAAGAAAAAGAUUACUUUGUACAAUUGACAACCGCCAUUAAGGAAUAUCAUGAUGCGCAAACAAUGAAUUCUCAAAGGUACAAAUAUAUAUCUAUAUUGGCAUCUAUAAUUGCCGCUGUAUUAUCGCUAAUAUGUUCAACGAUAUAUAAUAAUAAAAGAAUAGAUGAUAUGAGGAUAGCUAUAUCAGAGAUACAAGAAAACAAUACGUCUAUCAUAACGAAAUGUUUCAAUUCUUUGCAACUACACGUCGAUGAAAAAUUAUCAACAGUAAAUAAAGAGGAAUCGCAAACAACGAAUAGAUACUCGAAUAUUGACAAAUGGGGUAUAUAUGUAAUUUCAGCCGUUUGGAUUCUAAAAGGAUUAAUCGGAUUCUGAAGAAGGUGGGGUGGGUUUUUGUUAAACCAUUUCAUUCUACGUUACUUUCAGUACUAGGCACACUUGAUCAUAUUAUCAUGAUAAUAAUUUAAUUUCUUUUUUUUAUUUUGUUAAAUAUUUAUAUCUCUAUUUAGUAGAAUUAUCAACAUUUUCAGAGCUUUUUAUAGACUUAGGGUAAAUCUUGCAUUGGUUGAAAUACUAAUUCAAGAAACUAUUUUAUUUGCGCCCUUUUACAGGUCCUUCUUAUAAUUUAGUAUU